GUCCGUCAAACUCGUCCCGGUCCCGCCCCCUGCCUUGCUCCACGCAGAUCCCGGUGCGGCUCGUUGUUAUGACGACACGGUCGUAAAUCCGCCAUCUUCCUGUGGCGCGUUGCGACAUGGAGGGCGCGAUGGCAGUGCGGGUGACGGCCGCUCAUACGGCAGAAGCCCGGGCCGAAGCCGGGCGUGAAGCGGGCGAGGGCGGGGUUGCGGCGGCGGCGGUGGCCUUGUCCUCCGGCGGCUUUCUUGGCCUCCCAGCGCCCUUCAGCGAGGAAGAUGAGGAUGAUGUGCACAGAUGUGGCCGCUGCCAGGUGGAAUUCACUGCCUUGGAGGACUUUGUCCAGCACAAGAUUCAGAAGACCUGCCAUCGGGCCCCUCAAGAGGCCCUGCCCACCACCCCUGCUGCCACUGCACUGCUGGGCCAGGAGGUAGUGCCAACUGCAGCAGAGGGAGGUCCAGAAGAGCCCAUCACUGUGGCCCACAUCGUGGUGGAAGCCACCUCUCUGGCAGCAGACAUCAGCCAUGCUCCUGACCUUGUUGGAAGUGGGCACAUCAAAGAGGUCAUUGUGGCUGCUGAGGCAGAACCAGGGGAUGGCGAGAUGGCAGAGGCUCCAGGCAGUCCUAACCAUCAGGAACUUGGGCUUAUUGGGGAGGGCGAGCAGGCCCAAGUCAAGCUGCUGGUGAACAAGGAAGGCCGCUACGUGUGCAUGCUAUGUCACAAGACCUUCAAAACGGGCAGCAUCCUUAAGGCCCACAUGGUAACACACAGCAGCCGCAAGGACCAUGAGUGCAAGCUCUGUGGUGCCUCCUUUCGGACCAAGGGCUCACUCAUCCGUCACCACAGGCGACACACUGAUGAGCGCCCUUAUAGAUGUGCCAAGUGUGGAAAGAGCUUCAGGGAGUCAGGUGCACUGACUCGGCACCUUAAAUCUCUCACUCCAUGCACAGAAAAGAUCCGCCUCAGCGUGAGCAAGGCCACAGUUGUGGGCAAAGAGGAAGUGCCUGCAGGGUCUAGUGCCUCCC